AUGCUCAUGGACAGUGAUUUUGAAGGUUUGUCCGACGAUGAAGACUUGGAACUCGUUCCUAAUUGUUCGAAUGUGGCUUCUUCAAGUGAUUGCGAUUCUAACUACAGUGCAGAAUCUGAUAAUGAAGAAGAUAAUAUUGCUGAACAAGAGUUGGUUGAUGCAAAUGAAAGCCCCUCAAAUCUUCAAAAUAAAAAACCGCUUAAAUGGCUAGCCAAAGAAUUUGUCGUGGGUAAUACUCCCGCUGCCGACGAGGCAUGGAACGCAGAAGAUAGAUUUGAGUGGACACCUUUCCAAUAUUUCUCGGAGUAUUUUGACGACGAUUUUUGGCGCGAAAUUUCACAACAAAGUAAUACGUACGCUCCAGAAAACGGCCAAAAUUUGUAUUCAAACUAUAAUGAGUACAAGAAACUAUCUGGGGCCCACAUACUUGCUGGUUGCAUGAAACUUCCGCGCGUAAGGAUGUACUACCGACCUGCUAUUAAUGUUCCAGCCAUUACACAGAUACCAAGGGAUCGAUUUUUUAAAUUAAGAAAUUAUAUGCAUUUUGUCGACAAUAUAAGAGCUACACCACAAGAAAAAGAAAACAACAAAUUGUGGAAAGUUGAACCAAUAAUAAAAGCCGUUUUGUAA